CGUAACUUCGGAAUUAUUCGUAUAAGCUCUUGGGGAAGACUUUUCAGGUCUUCGCUUGAAACAAGUCUUCCGCUGCUGCAGUGCUUCUACGAUUUUGUUAUUUACAAAAACACCGAUACUGAAUACUUUUCUCUAGCAAUAUUUACACUGCUCUACAACCAUCAUGUUAACCUUAAGUAUACCCUUUUUUUCUCUGCUCCUCUUCUCUACCACCACCGCACAGUCAUACAAUGCUACUGAUCGCUUCUUCAUCGCCUGCGGUUCGCCCUCCUCCACCAUCAGCUCUGACCCGAGAUGGGACAGUGAUGAGAAUUUCAAAUACACGCCUUCCAACAUCAUCACCACUUCGUUUUCGUCCGCCCCCUUCCAACAAGAUUCUUCCGGAGACCUCCCUUAUACUUCUGCUAGAAUUUUUAAUGUUUCUUCGUUCACUUACACAUUUCCUGUCUCCCAAGGCCCCAAAUUCCUCCGACUCUAUUUCUAUCCUACCACCUACUCUGACCUCAAACCAGAACAAUCUUUCUUCUCAGUAUCAUCCAAUGGCUUCUCUCUCUUAACCAACUUCAGUGCUUUCCUAACUGCCUCCUUUCUGGCAAAGACCCGGUCCGAUGCAGGAGUUUAUGGUCCCCCUGUUCCACACUUUGUUAAGGAAUUCAUGAUCUAUGUAAAAGAUAUACAAACCCUAAACGUUACCUUUACACCCUCGCCCAACUAUUAUGCCUUCAUUAACGGUAUUGAAAUUGUUUCAAUGCCAGAAGAUCUCUACUUUAACAAGACACCCAAAUAUGUUGAGAUAACUAACGGACCCGUUAUUGACAACGAAACGGCGCUUGAAAAUAUUUACAGGUUAAAUGUGGGUGGGGCACAAGUACCUGAUACUAAAGAUACGGGUUUGUACCGGUCAUGGGAUUUAGAUGAUAUUUACAUAUACGGCGCAGCUAUUGGGUGGAAGCCUUUUUAUGGACAGAAGCCAAUUAUGUAUACAACGGAGACGCCGUAUUAUACUGCACCUGAGAUAGUUUAUCAAACCCAAAGGAGUAUGGGCAAUCAGUCUGACAGGUACAAUCUGACUUGGAGACUUCCCGUUGAUACUGGGUUUUAUUACUAUCUUAGGCUCCAUUUUUGUAACAUUAUACCACAAUACACCAAAAGAGGUCAGGUGAUUUUCAAAAUUUUCAUUAAUAAUCAAACUGCUGAUGAUGAAAUUGAUCUGUUCCAAUUAACACAAGGUAGCGGUUAUCCCGUAACCAAGGAUUACAUUGUGUAUGUCAGUGACCCGGAUGGCAGCAAAGGCAAGCAAGAUUUGUGGGUCGCGAUGCAUCCUAAUCGUGCUUCUGAACUAUAUCUCGAUGCUUAUUUGAACGGUUUGGAAGCCUUUAAGCUAAGCACGGAUAGAAGUCUUGCGAGCCCAAAUCCAGAACUUAGUUAUACAACCCCACCAACCGGGCAGACAAGUACUGGAAAAAGGAACAAGAAAAACCCUCCAUAUGCCGUCAUAAUUGGAGGUAUUGGAGGAGCAUUAGUCUUUUUGUCUAUUUUAGUUCUUAUAGUUUCCCGGAAGCAAAGGCGAGCCAAACACUACAGUGCCACCGAAGACAAGUCUUCACAUUCGACACUGCCAUCAGAUCGAUGUCGUCGGUUCUCAAUAAAAGAAGUGAGAGCAGCUACGAAUGAAUUUAAUGAUGAUUUUGUCAUAGGCAUCGGAGGGUUUGGCAAGGUGUACAAAGCGUAUAUAGACAACGCUGCAACCUCUGUUGCAAUUAAACGGCUCAAUGAAUCAUCCAACCAAGGAUUUCAAGAAUUCCAUACGGAAAUAGGGUUCCUGUCUAAACUACGCCAUGUCCAAUUAGUCUCCUUGAUUGGAUACUGUGACGAUGAGGGAGAGAUGAUACUGGUUUAUGAUUACAUGGCUCACGGGACUCUACGGGAACAUCUGUACAAGACAGACAAGCCUCCUCUUUCAUGGAAAAGACGUCUACAAAUUUGCAUCGGUGCGGCCAAAGGUUUACACUACCUCCACACGUGUGCAAAACGUACAAUAAUUCAUCGGGAUGUCAAGUCCACAAAUAUUUUACUGGAUGAAAAUUGGGUUGCUAAGGUGUCUGAUUUUGGUUUGUCAAAGCUAGGCCCUAGUGACCAAGCACAAAAUCAUGUCAGCACGUUGGUAAAGGGUAGCAUCGGGUAUGUGGAUCCAGAAUAUUACCGAACCCAAAAACUCACAGACAAAUCUGACGUGUACUCAUUUGGAGUUGUUCUCCUUGAAGUGUUGUGCGCAAGACCUGUAAUGAUUCUAGCUAUGCCCAAAGAACAAGUGAGUUUGGCCGAGUGGGGGAAGUCUUGUUAUAAGACAGGGAGCCUGGACAAAAUAAUUGAUCCAAAGGUAAGGAGUGUGAUUGCACCCGAGUGUUUACGGCAGUUUGGAGAUGUGGCAAUUAGAUGCUUGAAAGAGCAAGGAAGUGAAAGGCCAGCAAUGGAUGAGGUAGUUUGGGGACUCGAGUUUGCAUUGGAGCUACAAGAAGCGGUUGAGAAGAAGGUUGGUGAAGCCAUGUGUGAAAAUCAAGAACUUCCAUUUCUGAUGCAAGGAGGGAUGACAACAGCAACAGAGGAUGAUGAUUCUGUGUUCACAGGAUCAAGCACAAUAAGAAAUGGCACGUCGUCAAUUAGUAGCAGUGAUGCAGGGUUCAAGUCGGAAACAGUUUUCUCCGAGCUACAGAAGCCAGCUGGAAGAUGACAUGAAAGUUUGAUAUUUUGAGCCAACCCAAAAGUCAAUGUUCUACUAGAAAUAUCUGGCGAUAUUUUAUAUGGUUAAAUCUCAGUCAAGUGUUUUAUCUUUUAAAUUUUGAUUAUGAUGGUUGCAUUAGUAUAAUGGUGAUGAUUGUAUGUAAUUUGCAUGGAUCCUUUCCUUUACAAAUUGAUGUAUAAUACCUGUCAUGUAAUAAUAAACUUCAUACAAGUGUGAUAUGGUUAAUACUUAAUACUCCCUAAA